AGUGCCAAGGCUCAGUGACGUAAGGUGUGAAAGUGCGCAAGGUGCGCGCGCAGCAGUGAGCAGCAGACUGCGCCCGCGCACCGUCGUCAACCCACCGCCUUCGCCGCCGCAACCGAAAUGUCCUACACAUCACUUUUGGUGGUCCUUUUUCUGGCUGGGUGCUUCGCGGCUCCGGCGGACAACCCGGUGCAUGUGGAACUGCCUGUCUACGACCAGCCUCAGGCGCCUUCAGACGUCCAGCUGGCACAUCCACUGGAGCUGGAGAAUCACCCCGGAGUCCAAUUGAGGACCGACAAGUCUGGCGGUCUCGUCGGGAAUCUCAUAUCGCAGAAACUGCAAGCCGCCACUAGCGUCCUUGGCAAAGGAUCACAGGGCGGAGUGGGAAUCUUUGCGAACCCAGUGUCGACCCGCGAGCGCGCUCUGUUGGAGACCGAGGGAUGGGGAAGCAAGACUCUAUCUAUCAAAGAGAACCUCCACAAUGUCGUAGCUGGAAUCUUUCAACCGAAGCCCAUAGUAGACACGAUCAAAGAGGAGGAGAAAUACGGCAAUUCUGGUGACAAGUUCUAUGCAGCUGGUAGAGCUGUGGUCGGUGGAGCCGAGGGCGUCUCCAACCUGGUCAACUCCGUGCUAGAGGUACCCGGGAAUAUAUUCAGAAAGAUUACGAGGGCUGCGUCUGAAAAAUUGAACAACUUGGGUGGCAGAUUGAUCGGCUUAAAUUAAAAUACUAAAAGGUUUUAGUAUGUAAGCGAUUCUUAUUUUGUACAUAAGUACAUGCCUAUUCCUUUUUAUAACAACAUGAAAUGGAAAAUAUGACUUUCUAAGAUGCUAGUAAUCUAAUCACUGCCAUAAAAAUGACCUAAUACUAAAAAUAUUGUGUUCUGUGUAAUUUUAUUUGUUGUAUCGUAUUUAUGUUGCGAAUACUAAUGAUUCAUUGAGCUGGGGGGUUAAUUUAAAAGGCCACAUCGAAGCAAUUCAUCUAAAAAGCAAUAUUGCAAUUUGACAUUUGCACAUGUAAAAGUAAGUGCGCAUUGCAAACAAAUGUCAAAUAGCAAUAUUGCUUUCUUAAGAUGAUUUGCUUCGGUGUGGCCAUUUUAACCCCCCUGGGCGCAGUCCUACAGGGUAGGAUAAAUGUACGGUGUACACAGACACAGGUCUCUUGACUGAUUGGUGCUACCAGUUAUUUACUUAACCAAAGUUUCCUUGUCUCACAGCAAACAUUGUGAAAUCUUAGGUGUAUGUUUUUGUAAUAAAUUGAUUAUUGUAGAAUACGAAUUUUUUUUUAAGAAAGUAUAACUUGUAUAGAAAUUGCAUGUGGUAAAUAAAAAAAAUCGUGUUUUAAAGAUUUA